UUUUUAAACUUUUAUCUUGCAUUUGAUCUCUAUGACGUUCCGGCGCGUCAUUUACAAUAGCAUUUCAAGCUGCAAUCAACACUUGAAGUUGGUUUAUUUCAAACCACGUGAAGUACAUCGUUGUGUUGCUAUAAAGUCCAAAAUGUCCCUGAACGAAGCGAAAAAAAUAGCUGCUUAUCGGGCUGUGGAUGAGUGGGUGAAGAACAAUACCGCUGUGGGCAUAGGCAGCGGUUCAACUGUGGUCUUUGCCGUUGAUAGACUGGCUCAACGUGUAAAAGAGGAAAAGUUGGAAGUUGUGUGUGUUCCCACUAGCUUUCAAGCACGCCAACUGAUUGUGGAGAAUGGUUUGGUCUUGGGCGAUCUCGACCGUAAUCCUCAACUAAAUGUAGCCAUAGAUGGAGCCGAUGAAGUGGACAAAGACAUGGUGUUAAUAAAAGGCGGAGGUGGCUGUUUGUUGCAAGAGAAAAUAGUGGCUUCCUGUGCUGAGCGACUCAUAAUUAUCGCUGACUACACGAAAAACUCACAUAAAUUGGGUGAACAAUAUAAAAAAGGAGUUCCCAUAGAGGUAGUGCCCUUAGCCUAUGUGCCCAUACGUGAAAAAAUACAAAAACAAUUUGGGGGUGAAUUGAAAUUGCGUAUGGCUGUUGCUAAAGCGGGACCUUGUGUAACAGACAAUGGCAAUUUUAUAUUGGAUUGGAAUUUCCCUCAGGAUGUAAAUUUCCAUUGGUCCGAUGUAAAUAGAGAUCUUCUAAUGAUACCCGGGGUGGUGGAGACUGGCUUGUUUGUCAAUAUGGCCCAAAAAGCAUAUUUUGGCAUGGCUGAUGGUUCGGUCAAGACACAAGACAAAUAAACACCACAAGCUGUUUCUGUGAGACAUAAGCUUGCCUAUAUAUAAGAAAAACAAUUUUUUGAAUUCAAGAAAAUAAAUGUUCCCUUAUUUUUUUACAAGUUUUUGCAAAUGUAAA